AUGUAUACAGGUACUCUACCCUUCAAUGGAACUAUUUUGAAAACAGAAGAUACUACUGAGACCACACCUCUUUCCAUUAGUGAUACCAGCAGUCAACCAGAAGAAACCAUAAAUAUAAGUACUCUUCCCUUAACUGAAACCAGUAGUCCACCAGAAAGUACCACACAUGUAAGUACACUUCCCUUCAAUGGAACUAGUAGUCAAACAGAAGACACUACUGAGACAACAACUUUACCCUUUACUGUCACCAGUAGUAAACCAGAUGAGACAACGUAUAUAAGUACUCUUCCCUUCAAAGGAACCAGUUCUCAACCACAAGAUACUACUGAGACAACUAAACUUUCCUUUACUAAUACCAGCAGUAAUCCAGAACAGACCACGCAUAUAAGUACUCUUUCAUUCACUGAAACCAGUAGACAACCAGAAGAUACUACUGAGACAACUCUUUCCUUUACUGAUACCAGCAGUCAACCAGAAGAAACCAUGCAUAUAAGUACUUUUCCCUUAUCUGAAACCAGUAGUGAACCAGAAGGUACCACACAUGUAAGUACACUUCCCUUCAAUGGAACUAGUAGUCAAACAGAAGACACUACUGAGACAACAACUCUUCCCUUUACUGUCACCAGUAGUAAACCAGAUGAGACUACGUAUUUAAGUACUCUUCCCUUCAAAGGAACCAGUUCUCAACCACAAGAUACUGCUGAGACAACUAAACUUUCCUUUACUAAUACCAGCAGUAAUCCAGAACAGACCACGCAUAUAAGUACUCUUUCAUUCAAUGAAACCCAAACCAGUACACAACCAGAAGAUACUACUGAGACAACUCUUUCCUUUACUGAUACCAGCAGUCAACCAGAAGUAACCAUGCAUAUAAGUACUCUUCCCUUAUCUGAAACCAGUAGUGAACCAGAAGGUACCACACAUGUAAGUACACUUCCCUUCAAUGGAACUAGUAGACAAACAGAAGACCCUACUGAGACAACAACUCUUCCCUUUACUGUCACCAGUAGUAAACCAGAUGAGACAAUGUAUAUAAGUACUCUUCCCUUCGUAGCAACCAGUUCUCAACCAGAACAUAAUACUGAGAAUACUACACUUUUCUUUACCAUAACCAGCAGUAGACAACCAGAAGAUAUUACUGAGACAACUCUUUCCUUUACUAAUACCAGCAGUCAACCCGAAGAAACCAUGCAUAUAAGUACUCUUCCCUUAUCUGAAACCAGUAGUGAACCAGAAAGUACCACGCAUGUAAGUACACUUCCCUUCAAUGGAACUAGUAGUCAAUCGGAAGAUGCUACUGAGACAAAUACUCUUCCCUUUACCCCUACCAGCAGUCAACCAGAAGAGUCCACUUAUGUAAGUACUCUUUUCUUCAAUGGAACCAGCAGUCAACCAGAAGUUACUACUGAGACAACUACACUUUCCUUUACCAAUACCAGCAGUCAUCCAGAAGAAACCAUGCAUAUAAGUACUCCUCCCUUAUCUGAAACCAGUAGUCAACCAGAAGGUACUACACAUGCAAGUACAAUUCCCUUCAAUGGAACUAGUAGUCAACCAGAAGACACUACUGAGACAACAAUUCUUCCCUUUGCUGUCACCAGUAGUAAACCAGAACAGACCACGCAUAUAAGUACUCUUUCAUCCAAUGAAACCAGUAGACAACCAGAAGAUACCUCUGAGACAACUCUUUUCUUUACUGAUACCAGCAGUCAACCAGAAGACACUACUGAGACAACAAUUCUUCCCUUUACUAUCACCAGUAGUAAACCAGAACAGACCACGCAUAUAAGUACUCUUUCAUCCAAUGAAACCAGUAGACAACCAGAAGAUACCUCUGAGACAACUCUUUUCUUUACUGAUACCAGCAGUCAACCUGAAGAAACCAUGCAUAUAAGUACUUUUCCCUUAUCUGAAACCAGUAGUCAACCAGAAGGUACCACACAUGCAAGUACACUUAACUUCAAUGGAACUAGUAGUCCACCAGAAGACACUACUGAGACAACAACUUUACCCUUUACUGUCACCAGUAGUAAACCAGAUGAGACAACGUAUAUAAGUACUUUUCCCUUCAAAGGAACCAGUUCUCAACCACAAGAUACUACUGAGACAACUAAACUUUCCUUUACUAAUACCAGCAGUAAUCCAGAACAGACCACGCAUAUAAGUACUCUUUCAUUCAAUGAAACUAGUAGACAACCAGAAGAUACUACUGAGACAACUCUUUCCUUUACUGAUACCAGCAGUCAACCAGAAGAAACCAUGCAUAUAAGUACUCUUCCCUUAUCUGAAACCAGUAGUGAACCAGAAGGUACCACACAUGUAAGUACACGUCCCUUCAAUGGAACUAGUAGUCAAACAGAAGACACUACUGAGACAACAAUUCUUCCCUUUACUGUCACCAGUAGUAAACCAGAUGAGACAACAUAUAUAAGUACUCUUCCCUUCAAAGCAACCAGUUCUCAACCACAAGAUACUGCUGAGACAACUAAACUUUCCUUUACUAAUACUAGCAGUAAUCCAGAACAGACCACGCAUAUAAGUACUCUUUCAUCCAAUGAAACCAGUAGACAACCAGAAGAUACUACUGAGACAACUCUUUUCUUUACUGAUACCAGCAGUCAACCUGAAGAAACCAUGCAUAUAAGUACUUUUCCCUUAUCUGAAACCAGUAGUCAACCAGAAGGUACCACACAUGCAAGUACACUUAACAUCAAUGGAACUAGUAGUCCACCAGAAGACACUACUGAGACAACAACUUUACCCUUUACUGUCACCAGUAGUAAACCAGAUGAGACAACGUAUAUAAGUACUCUUCCCUUCAAAGGAACCAGUUCUCAACCACAAGAUACUACUGAGACAACUAAACUUUCCUUUACUAAUACCAGCAGUAAUCCAGAACAGACCACGCAUAUAAGUACUCUUUCAUUCAAUGAAACUAGUAGACAACCAGAAGAUACUACUGAGACAACUCUUUCCUUUACUGAUACCAGCAGUCAACCAGAAGAAACCAUGCAUAUAAGUACUCUUCCCUUAUCUGAAACCAGUAGUGAACCAGAAGGUACCACACAUGUAAGUACACGUCCCUUCAAUGGAACUAGUAGUCAAACAGAAGACACUACUGAGACAACAAUUCUUCCCUUUACUGUCACCAGUAGUAAACCAGAUGAGACAACGUAUAUAAGUACUCUUCCCUUCAAAGCAACCAGUUCUCAACCACAAGAUACUGCUGAGACAACUAAACUUUCCUUUACUAAUACUAGCAGUAAUCCAGAACAGACCACGCAUAUAAGUACUCUUUCAUCCAAUGAAACCAGUAGACAACCAGAAGAUACUACUGAGACAACUCUUUUCUUUACUGAUACCAGCAGUCAACCUGAAGAAACCAUGCAUAUAAGUACUUUUCCCUUAUCUGAAACCAGUAGUCAACCAGAAGGUACCACACAUGCAAGUACACUUAACAUCAAUGGAACUAGUAGUCCACCAGAAGACACUACUGAGACAACAACUUUACCCUUUACUGUCACCAGUAGUAAACCAGAUGAGACAACGUAUAUAAGUACUCUUCCCUUCAAAGGAACCAGUUCUCAACCACAAGAUACUACUGAGACAACUAAACUUUCCUUUACUAAUACCAGCAGUAAUCCAGAACAGACCACGCAUAUAAGUACUCUUUCAUUCAAUGAAACUAGUAGACAACCAGAAGAUACUACUGAGACAACUCUUUCCUUUACUGAUACCAGCAGUCAACCAGAAGAAACCAUGCAUAUAAGUACUCUUCCCUUAUCUGAAACCAGUAGUGAACCAGAAGGUACCACACAUGUAAGUACACGUCCCUUCAAUGGAACUAGUAGUCAAACAGAAGACACUACUGAGACAACAAUUCUUCCCUUUACUGUCACCAGUAGUAAACCAGAUGAGACAACGUAUAUAAGUACUCUUCCCUUCAAAGCAACCAGUUCUCAACCACAAGAUACUGCUGAGACAACUAAACUUUCCUUUACUAAUACUAGCAGUAAUCCAGAACAGACCACGCAUAUAAGUACUCUUUCAUCCAAUGAAACCAGUAGACAACCAGAAGAUACUACUGAGACAACUCUUUUCUUUACUGAUACCAGCAGUCAACCUGAAGAAACCAUGCAUAUAAGUACUUUUCCCUUAUCUGAAACCAGUAGUCAACCAGAAGGUACCACACAUGCAAGUACACUUAACAUCAAUGGAACUAGUAGUCCACCAGAAGACACUACUGAGACAACAACUUUACCCUUUACUGUCACCAGUAGUAAACCAGAUGAGACAACGUAUAUAAGUACUCUUCCCUUCAAAGGAACCAGUUCUCAACCACAAGAUACUACUGAGACAACUAAACUUUCCUUUACUAAUACCAGCAGUAAUCCAGAACAGACCACGCAUAUAAGUACUCUUUCAUUCAAUGAAACCAGUAGACAACCAGAAGAUACUACUGAGACAACUCUUUCCUUUACUGAUACCAGCAGUCAACCAGAAGAAACCAUGCAUAUAAGUACUCUUCCCUUAUCUGAAACCAGUAGUGAACCAGAAGGUACCACACAUGUAAGUACACGUCCCUUCAAUGGAACUAGUAGUCAAACAGAAGACACUACUGAGACAACAAUUCUUCCCUUUACUGUCACCAGUAGUAAACCAGAUGAGACAACGUAUAUAAGUACUCUUCCCUUCAAAGCAACCAGUUCUCAACCACAAGAUACUGCUGAGACAACUAAACUUUCCUUUACUAAUACUAGCAGUAAUCCAGAACAGACCACGCAUAUAAGUACUCUUUCAUCCAAUGAAACCAGUAGACAACCAGAAGAUACUACUGAGACAACUCUUUUCUUUACUGAUACCAGCAGUCAACCUGAAGAAACCAUGCAUAUAAGUACUUUUCCCUUAUCUGAAACCAGUAGUCAACCAGAAGGUACCACACAUGCAAGUACACUUAACAUCAAUGGAACUAGUAGUCCACCAGAAGACACUACUGAGACAACAACUUUACCCUUUACUGUCACCAGUAGUAAACCAGAUGAGACAACGUAUAUAAGUACUCUUCCCUUCAAAGGAACCAGUUCUCAACCACAAGAUACUACUGAGACAACUAAACUUUCCUUUACUAAUACCAGCAGUAAUCCAGAACAGACCACGCAUAUAAGUACUCUUUCAUUCAAGGAAACCAGUAGACAACCAGAAGAUACUACUGAGACAAUUCUUUCCUUUACUGAUACAAGCAGUCAACUAGAAGAAACCAUGCAUAUAAGUACUCUUCCCUUAUCUGAAACCAGUAGUGAACCAGAAGGUACCACACAUGUACGUACACUUCCCUUCAAUGGAACUAGUAGUCAAACAGAAGAAACUACUGAGACAAUAACUCUUCCCUUUACUGUCACCAGUAGUAAACCAGAUGAGACAACGUAUUUAAGUACUCUUCCCUUCAAAGGAACCAGUUCUCAACCACAAGAUACUGCUGAGACAACUAAACUUUCCUUUACUAAUACCAGCAGUAAUCCAGAACAGACCACGCAUAUAAGUACUCUUUCAUUCAAUGAAACCCAAACCAGUAGACAACCAGAAGAUACUACUGAGACAACUCUUUCCUUUACUGAUACCAGCAGUCAACCAGAAGUAACCAUGCAUAUAAGUACUCUUCCCUUAUCUGAAACCAGUAGUGAACCAGAAGGUACCACACAUGUAAGUACACUUCCCUAUAAUGGAACUAGUAGUCAAACAGAAGACACUAUUGAGACAACAACUCUUCCCUUUACUGUCACCAGUAGUAAACCAGAUGAGAUAAUGUAUAUAAGUACUCUUCCCUUCAAAGCAACCAGUUCUCAACCAGAACAUGAUACUGAGAAUACUACACUUUUCUUUACCAUAACCAGCAGUAGACAACCAGAAGAUUCUACUGAGACAACUCUUUCCUUUACUAAUACCAGCAGUCAACCCGAAGAAACCAUGCAUAUAAGUACUCUUCCCUUAUCUGAAACCAGUAGUGAACCAGAAAGUACCACGCAUGUAAGUACACUUCCCUUCAAUGGAAGUAGUAGUCAACCGGAAGAUGCUACUGAGACAAAUACUCUUCCCUUUACCCCUACCAGCAGUCAACCAGAAGAGUCCACUUAUGUAAGUACUCUUUUCUUCAAUGGAACCAGCAGUCAACCAGAAGUUACUACUGAGACAACUACACUUUCCUUUACCAAUACCAGCAGUCAUCCAGAAGAAACCAUGCAUAUAAGUACUCCUCCCUUAUCUGAAACCAGUAGUCAACCAGAAGGUACUACACAUGCAAGUACAAUUCCCUUCAAUGGAACUAGUAGUCAACCAGAAGACACUACUGAGACAACAAUUCGUCCCUUUACUAUCACCAGUAGUAAACCAGAACAGACCACGCAUAUAAGUACUCUUUCAUCCAAUGAAACCAGUAGACAACCAGAAGAUACCUCUGAGACAACUCUUUUCUUUACUGAUACCAGCAGUCAACCUGAAGAAACCAUGCAUAUAAGUACUUUUCCCUUAUCUGAAACCAGUAGUCAACCAGAAGGUACCACACAUGCAAGUACACUUAACUUCAAUGGAACUAGUAGUCCACCAGAAGACACUACUGAGACAACAACUUUACCCUUUACUGUCACCAGUAGUAAACCAGAUGAGACAACGUAUAUAAGUACUCUUCCCUUCAAAGCAACCAGUUCUCAACCACAAGAUACUGCUGAGACAACUAAACUUUCCUUUACUAAUACUAGCAGUAAUCCAGAACAGACCACGCAUAUAAGUACUCUUUCAUCCAAUGAAACCAGUAGACAACCAGAAGAUACUACUGAGACAACUCUUUUCUUUACUGAUACCAGCAGUCAACCAGAAGUAACCAUGCAUAUAAGUACUCUUCCCUUAUCUGAAACCAGUAGUGAACCAGAAGGUACCACACAUGUAAGUACACUUCCCUUCAAUGGAACUAGUAGUCAAACAGAAGACACUACUGAGACAACAACUCUUCCCUUUACUGUCACCAGUAGUAAACCAGAUGAGACAACGUAUAUAAGUACUCUUCCCUUCAAAGCAACCAGUUCUCAACCAGAACAUAAUACUGAGAAUACUACACUUUUCUUUACCAUAACCAGCAGUAGACAUUCAGAACAUACUACUGAGACAACUCUUUCCUUUACUAAUACCAGCAGUCAACCCAAAGAAACCAUGCAUAUAAGUACUCUUCCCUUAUCUGAAACCAGUAGUGAAACAGAAAGUACCACGCAUGUAAGUACACUUCCCUUCAAUGGAACUAGUAGUCAACCGGAAGAUGCUACUGAGACAAAUACUCUUCCCUUUACCCCUACCAGCAGUCAACCAGAAGAGUCCACUUAUGUAAGUACUCUUUUCUUCAAUGGAACCAGCAGUCAACCAGAAGUUACUACUGAGACAACUACACUUUCCUUCACCAAUACCAGCAGUCAUCCAGAAGAAACCAUGCAUAUAAGUACUCCUCCCUUAUCUGAAACCAGUAGUCAACCAGAAGGUACUACACAUGCAAGUACAAUUCCCUUUAAUGGAACUAGUAGUCAACCAGAAGACACUACUGAGACAACUCUUCCCUUUGCUGUCACCAGCAGUCAACCAGAAGAGUCCACUUAUGUAAGUACUCUUCCCUUCAAUGGAACUAGCAGUCAACCAAAAGAUACUACUAAGACAACUACCCUUUCCUUUACCAAUACCAGCAGUCAUCCAGAACAGAACACAUUUAUAAGUACACUUUCAUUCAAUGGAACCAGUAGACAACCAGAAGAUACUGCUGAGACCACAACUCUUUCUUUAACCCAUACCAGCAGACAACUAGAAGAAAUCACGUAUAUAAGUACUCUUGCAUUUACUGAAAACAGUAGUCAAACAGAAGGUACUGCAUAUAUAAGUACUCUCCCUUUCAAAAGAACCAGCAGUCAACCAGAAGACACUACUGAUACAACAUUUCUUCCCUUUACUGACUCCAGUAGUAAACCAGAGGAGACAAGUACUCUUCCCUUAACUGAAACCAGUAGUAAACCAGAAGAUACUACUGAGACAACAAUUCUUUCCUUUAUGCAUACCAGCAGACAAGCACCAGAGACCAAGUAUAUAAGUACUCUUCCUGUUACAGAAACCAGUAGUCAACCACAAGAUACAACAUAUAUAAGUACUCUUUCCUUCAAUGAAACCAGCAGUCAGGCAGAAGAUACUACUACGACAACAACUUUUUCCAUUACUCAUAUCAAUAGUCAACCAGAAGAGACCACAAGUGCAAAUACAACAGCAAACUUUACACAAUCAAGUGCCCAGCCAGCACUUUCCACUUUCUACUUAUCAUCAAGCAAAAGUACAUCUUCUAGUACUUCCUCUUCAAUGUUUACCAGCACAAUAUCAACAACCGAUGACAUGAGUAUCAAGUCUACAUCAUAUAAUAGCACACCUGUGACUGAAAAUGGUAUUAGUGCCUUUCCACUAUCAACAGAUAAACCAUUAGUAAGUAAUAGAACAAUUAUGUCCUCUGGUACAUUACCACCAUCUCCGAACUCAACUAAUGACAUAGAUGCAUUUCCAAGUAUAUCAUCAUCAUCAUCUACUAUACUAAAGACCUCUAAUGAAAUAGGAGCAACUAUUACUCAACCAGUAUCACAAAACAACCCAAACAUUAGUACAGUUACCAGUAGUCCUCUUCCUCCUAUCAUCAUUACUAGUGUAUAUUCAAAUACAUCAGCAUCAACUAGCAGUAUUGUAAUCAACUCUUCCAAUAGUGUCACAAAUAUAAAGCUAACAUCAAUUAGUAGUCAACCACCAUCAUACAGCAGCAGAUCUCCAUCAACAUUUACAGAUACUACUAUUAAUGCCCAGACUAUAGCACCCAGUAACACUCUUAUGUCAACUAAUGCCCAAUCAACAAAUGCUUCCCAACUGGGAACAACCUUGAUUCAACCUUCUUCUCAAAGCAACUCAGUUACAUCUUCUGUUACAUCAGCACCAGGUAUGAUCCCUACCCAAAGCUCAAUUGAAUCUUCUAGUAGUUUCACACAAGGUUCUAAAACGAAUAAAGUCACACAAUCAAGUACAUUGGGUUCAACCAAAGACAACAAGUUGACUUCUUCCAGCAAUAAUAGCCAACCACCAAGGUUUGAAAGCACAACAGCCAGAAGUGCUAGCACCAGCCCACAGUCUUAUUCAAAUACCAACCACUUGGUCACAUUUUCUGAUAAUGAUUCUGACGCUACUACUAUUUCACCUACUAUGACUGAUGGAACCUCAACUUCUAAUAAUACCAACAUCCUGACAACCCCAAACAGUACCACAGUGACAUCUUCAAGCAGUGCUUCUAGUACAACCUCAUUAGAUAUGGGAGGAUCUAUGCAAUCAGCAUCCACAUCUGCAGCCUCUAUUAUGGUGACCUCAUCUAAUAAUGAUACCAGUGUCCAGCCAGUUUCAACCGGUAGUACAGCAACAGUUUCCAAUAGAUCUACUGUCACCAGUAGUCCCUCAUUUCACAUGACUAAAACAGUAUCAUCUUCCAUGACAUCAGUAUCAAAUGUUACAAUGGCUUCUUCCAGUGAAGACUCCAGUGUCUACUCAACUUCAGCAAGCAGCACAACAGCCCCACAAAAAGAUUUUACCAGUAGUUCCACCGUUACAAUAGAUGUUACAGCUAGCUUAUCAACUUUAACAUCAGUACAAAGAACUACAAUGAACUUUACAAGUAACUCAGUGGUCCAAACCAGCAGUUUAUCCACGUCUCCCAGCAACCCAACAUCAUCUACAACGUCUUCGUCUUCCACUAUUCCUGGCUCCAGUGCACGUACAGUGUCCAGUACUGAUACAACAUCUUCUUCAAGAGCAGUGACCAACUCUGGUUCUUCUUCACAAGUAACUCAUUCCACCUCAUUCACAGAUAACUCAAGCACCCAGGGCCAGAAUUCAGUUGCUACAACCAAUGGAUCCACCAAUCUUUUGGCUCCUUGGAAAAUAAUUGUCAUCUCCUUGGCUGUUAGCAUUGGAACUUUUGUGGUUGUCGGAGGAACAUUAUUGUCAUGUCUUCUCCGCGAGACUCUGACCAGCGGAAAUCCUACCGCCAAACACAAGCACUUGGCCUGUUUCGACUGUAAUACCCCCCUAGACGACAACUGCCCACAUCCUCUGGACAUAUCGAGAUGCCUCCAUACCUAUGUGGAUAGGUCCAAGGAGUUCACGAUUGACGAGAAUCCCUUCAUCCUGUUUGCCGGUAAAUCUAAAGACAGCAAAGCAUCUAAAGUUUCCAUUAGUCGCUGGAUCAGAGAAGCCAUUAAAGAGUCCUUUCUGUCUCAAUCUUUGGACCCUCCGGAGUUUGGGGAAAAUGCCUUGAGGAAAAGGCCAUUGUUUGCAAAGGAAUCCGCACCGCGUGCAUAUAACUUUGUAGAGUGCGAAGACCUUCUUGAUCACUCGACAACGUCAGCCCUGGCAUCCAACCUCAGCAAUAAAGCCGAGUAUCAAGCUCUUCUGCCCAAGUGCCCACAAUUGGCCUGCUUUUAUAGUUUGCCUAAAAUACACAAGGGCUUACAGUCCUUAAAGGGCAGUACAAUUGUCUUGGGCACACACAGUCUCACACAUCAAAUCAGCAACUAUGUUGAGGUCAUACUCAGACCUUUUGUUCUGUUCCUACCCUCCUACGUGAGAGAUUCAAUGGAGAUGGUCAAUAAAUUGGAUGGCCUCUAUGUCGAGAGCAAAACACUGCUUGCCAGCCUUGACGUAGAGGCCCUCUAUAGUUCCAUUCCCCACGAGGAGAACUACAUCCUGCAGGAAAGGGGGAGAGAGUUCAUACCCCACAAUGAGUUUGUCAUUGAUCUCCUGAAGUUUAUUUUACACCACAAUGUCUUUCUCUUCAAUCGCCACUUCUACCAACAGCUCAGAGGCAUGGCCAUAGGAAGUCCAUGCGCGCCAUUCUAUGCCAAUCUGUACCUGGGGUGGUGGGAGAAAGAAGUGGUCCUUGGUGAUGAGCUUAUGAUGUGGUCUUCUAAUGUUUCGAUGUGGCUUAGUUACAACACCGAAAGGCUCAACCUUAUCUUCAUCACUGUCUCCAAGCAGCGGUACAACAGGUUCUACUUCACCAAGUACAGGUACAACAGGUUCCACGUCACCAAGUACAGGUACAACAGGUUCUACGUCACCAAGUACAGGUACAACAGGAUCUACUUCACCAAGAACAGGUACAACAGGACCUACUUCUCCAAGGACAGGUACAACAGGCUCUACGUCACCAGGGACAGGUACAACAGGAUCUACUUCCCCAGGGACAGGUAUAACAGGCUCUACUUCACCAAGGACAGGUACAACAGGAUCUACUUCACCAAGAACAGGUACAACAGGCUCUACGUCACCAGGGACAGGUACAACAGGCUCUACUUCACCAAGCACAGGUACAACAGGAUCUACUUCCCCAGGGACAGGUACAACAGGCUCUACUUCACCAAGGACAGGUACAACAGGAUCUACUUCACCAAGAACAGGUACAACAGGCUCUACGUCACCAGGGACAGGUACAACAGGCUCUACUUCACCAAGCACAGGUACAACAGGAUCUACUUCCCCAGGGACAGGUACAACAGGCUCUACUUCACCAAGUACAGGUACAACAGGAUCUACUUCACCAAGAACAGGUACAACAGGCUCUAUGUCACCAGGGACAGGUACAACAGGCUCUACUUCACCAAGCACAGGUACAACAGGAUCUACUUCCCCAGGGACAGGUACAACAGGCUCUACUUCACCAAGCACAGGUACAACAGGAUCUACUUCACCAAGAACAGGUACAACAGGCUCUACGUCAUCAGGGACAGGUACAACAGGCUCUACUUCACCAAGCACAGGUACAACAGGAUCUACUUCCCCAGGGACAGGUACAACAGGCUCUACUUCACCAAGCACAGGUACAACAGGAUCUACUUCACCAAGAACAGGUACAACAGGCUCUACGUCACCAGGGACAGGUACAACAGGCUCUACUUCACCAAGCACAGGUACAACAGGAUCUACUUCCCCAGGGACAGGUACAACAGGCUCUACUUCACCAAGUACAGGUACAACAGGAUCUACUUCACCAAGAACAGGUACAACAGGCUCUAUGUCACCAGGGACAGGUACAACAGGCUCUACUUCACCAAGCACAGGUACAACAGGAUCUACUUCCCCAGGGACAGGUACAACAGGCUCUACUUCACCAAGCACAGGUACAACAGGAUCUACUUCACCAAGAACAGGUACAACAGGCUCUACGUCAUCAGGGACAGGUACAACAGGCUCUACUUCACCAAGCACAGGUACAACAGGAUCUACUUCCCCAGGGACAGGUACAACAGGCUCUACUUCACCAAGCACAGGUACAACAGGAUCUACUUCACCAAGAACAGGUACAACAGGCUCUACGUCACCAGGGACAGGUACAACAGGCUCUACUUCACCAAGCACAGGUACAACAGGAUCUACUUCCCCAGGGACAGGUACAACAGGCUCUACUUCACCAAGUACAGGUACAACAGGAUCUACUUCACCAAGAACAGGUACAACAGGCUCUACGUCACCAGGGACAGGUACAACAGGCUCUACUUCACCAAGCACAGGUACAACAGGAUCUACUUCCCCAGGGACAGGUACAACAGGCUCUACUUCACCAAGCACAGGUACAACAGGAUCUACUUCACCAAGAACAGGUACAACAGGCUCUACGUCACCAGGGACAGGUACAACAGGAUCUACUUCCCCAAGGACAGGUACAACAGGAUCUACUUCACCAAGAACGGGUACAACAGGCUCUACGUCACCAGGGACAGGUACAACAGGAUCUACUUCCCCAAGGACAGGUACAACAGGAUCUACUUCACCAAGAACAGGUACAACAGGCUCUACAUCACCAGGGACAGGUACAGCAGGAUCUACUUCCCCAAGGACAGGUACAACAGGAUCUACUUCCCCAACAACAGAACCUCCAGGACUUCCCGUUUAUGGCAUUGUGCUCAUAUCUUUCUUCUCAGCAGUUGUUUCUGUUUUCCUCAUUGGCGGAUUCUGCUACAUAUUAGCUAUUAUACUGUUGUAAGAAUUCUGUUGCUCAAGACAAGACCUUUACCAGCAUGAAGUUAUUCUUCUUAUCUUAAGUCAAGUAAAAGAAGAUGAGCAGAAAAUCCCAAUUUGAUGUGUCUUUUUCUAAUAUAACUUUUUUUCUUAAUUUAUUACAACUAUCCAUCUAGUCAGCAGUUAUCCUACUUCAGGGCAACGAUCAAGAGGCUCAGACUGUCACUUGCUAUUGAGCCGAUUCAAUCAGUGAGCACCGAGUCGGUCAGUCAUAUAAAACCACAACAUUGAGUCAUCCAAUAGCAAAUGUAAGAUAAAUCUGUGCCUCCAACUGUGCCAAAACCACCUGUAUUAAACUCUUUUUUUAGAC